ACGACUCGAGAAUCGGGAUCGAACCGAAAAGUAUUGGCCUUCAGCAAGACACGUCGAAUUAGCUGCCUUUCGGAUCUUACGCAAGGACGUCUCAUCAAAGCAUAGACCGCUCAAGAUGUCUAUGGAAGACUACGAUGAGUUUGGUAAUUACAUCGGCAAUGACCUAGACUCGGACGACGAUGUCUCCGAGCCGGAGAUUGCCCAGGCCUCGACCUCGGCUCAGGGUCAGAACGGCAACGCCGGACAAGCUCAAGCUCCUCUGGAGGGCUACGACGACGAUGAGGACGCCGAGAUGAUGGACCUGGAUCCUCAAAAUGGCGUCAUGCAACUCCAGACUAUGGCUGGAGUCGGUACCAACCCCCGAAAUCAAAUCGUUCUGCAUGAAGACAAAAAGUACUACCCUACCGCAGAGGAGACGUACGGACCGGAUGUCGAAACCCUCGUACAAGAGGAAGACGCCCAGCCGCUCUCCGAACCGAUCGUAGCACCGAUCAAGGUCAGAAAGUUUGUCGAGCAGGAGAAGGAGAUGCCCGUGACGCGGUACGACAAGUCAUUCAUGCUGGAUCUGAUGGAACACCCUUCGAUGAUUCGAAACGUCAUGGUAGCCGGUCAUCUGCAUCACGGAAAGACCUCGCUGUUGGACAUGCUCGUCCUCGAGACGCAUCAGCUGACCUGGGAUGCCGACGAGGCGAUUCGAUACACCGAUACUCAUACCUUGUCCCGCUCGAGAGGUAUCUCGGUCAAAUCCAACUCGAUGUCAUUGGUCCUCUCCACUUCCCGCGGUAAAUCCCAUCUCGUCAACCUGGUCGACACUCCUGGACACGUUAACUUUGUGGACGAAGUCGCCAGUGCGACCCGAUUGGUGGACGGAGUGUUGUUGGUAGUCGACGUGGUAGAAGGUGUGAUGAGCAACACGACGGAAAUCAUCAAACAUGCCAUGCAAGAACGGCUACCUAUCGUGCUGGUAUUGAAUAAGAUGGACAGGUUGAUUCUGGAGCUCCGAUUGCCUCCUUCCGAGGCGUUCUUCAAGAUCAAGCAUUCGAUCGAGGAGGUCAACGCCGUCAUUGCGUCGAUCAACCCGGAUGAGAGCAUGAGGAUCUCGCCAGAACGAGGCAACGUUGUGUUCGCAUCGACCCAGAUGGGAUGGAGUUUCACACUCCAAUCGUUUGCUCAGCUUUACAGCGAUACGUAUGGGGCGGUCGACGUUGAUGCCUUUGCCAUGAGGUUGUGGGGUAACAUCUACUACAACGAGGAGGACAGAAAGUUUUCGAGGAACCCGAAGGACGCCGAGACGAAGCGGUCGUUUGUGCAUUUCAUCUUGGAGCCGUUGUACAAGCUCUACUCACAGGUAUUGAGCGAGGACACAGAAACGUUGAAGGAGACCCUUGCCAAGUUGAGGAUCACUCUCAGACCGGCUGCCUACAAGAUGGAUGUCCGACCCCUGCUAAAAGUCGUCCUCGAUGCCUUCUUCGGGCCUUCUAAGGGUCUUGUCGACUUGAUUGUGGAAAACUUCCCGUCACCACUGGAAGCUUCCCGCCAAAAGGUCGAGUUCAACUAUACUGGUCCUCAGGAUAGCGAAGCAGCGUUGGCCAUGUUGGCAUGCGACGCCUCGGGUCCGGCCGUAGUUCAGGUUGCCAAGCUAUACCAUACUGCCGAUGCACAAGAGUUCCGGGCUUUCGGACGGGUUAUGAGCGGGACGAUCAAGCAAGGACAGGUCGUCAAGGUCCUUGGAGAGGGUUAUUCGCCCGAAGAUGAAGAGGACAUGACCAUGCAGACAAUCGACAAUAUCUGGGUGAAUGAGUCGCGAUACGUUGUCGAGACAGAUCACGCAUCGGCGGGGAACCUGGUGCUGCUGGGAGGAGUCGAUGCCUCCAUCUCAAAGACGGCAACAAUCGUGUCCAAAGAGCUGGACGACGAGCUUUACAUCUUCCGGCCUAUCAAGCACUUUACGCAGUCGGUGCUGAAGAUUGCUGUUGAACCCAUCUCGCCAGCGGAAUUACCAAAAAUGUUGGAUGGUCUGAGAAAAGUCAACAAGUCGUACCCCCUGUUGACGACGAAGGUGGAGGAGUCAGGAGAGCACAUCAUUCUGGGUACGGGAGAGCUGUACCUCGACUGCGUCAUGCACGACCUGAGAAGACUGUUCUCGGAAAUCGAGAUCAAGGUGUCCGACCCUGUCGUGAAGUUCUGCGAGACAGUCGUAGAAACGUCGGCACUCAAAUGUUACGCCGAUACCCCCAACAAGAAGAACCGGCUGACCAUGAUCGCGGAGCCGUUGGAGCGAGGUCUGGCCGAAGACCUGGAGGGUGGCAAGGUCACCAUGAAGAUGACCAACAAGGAUAGAGGAAAGUUUUUCGAGACAAAAUACCAGUGGGAUCUUCUGGCGAGCCGAAAUAUCUGGGCAUUCGGACCAGACGAGCAGGGGCCAAAUAUCCUCGUUAACGAUACAUUCCCAUCAGAGGUCGAUACGAAACUCUUGACUAGCGUGCGAGAAUCGAUCAAGCAGGGAUUCCAGUGGGGUACUCGAGAGGGACCGCUGUGCGAUGAACCCAUUCGAGGUGUCAAGUUCCGAGUAUUGGAUGCCUCACUAGCCCAGGAGCCAAUAUAUCGAGGUGGAGGGCAGAUCAUCCCGACUGCAAGACGUGUCUGUUAUUCCAGUUUCCUCUUGGCCACGCCACGAUUACUUGAACCCGUCUACUACGUCGAGGUGCAAGCCCCGGCGGACUGCGUUGCUGCGGUCUAUACUGUCCUGGCACGACGACGUGGUCACGUCACGAAGGAUAUUCCGAAGCCUGGUUCCCCCCUCUACACGGUACAAGCGUUUAUCCCCGUACUGGACGCCAACGGUUUCGAGACGGAUCUGCGAAUGGCAACUCAGGGUCAAGCCUUCUGUCAGAUGCACUUUGACCACUGGAGCGUCGUUCCGGGCGACCCAACCGAUACCAGCAUCAAGUUGAGACCCCUCGAACCCGCAACAGGCCAGGCAUUGGCACGAGAUCUGGUACUGAAGACACGAAGAAGGAAGGGGUUGAGCGACAGUAUUGCUGUCAGCAAGUAUUUGGAAGACGAGACCAUCAUCGCCAUAAGCGCGAGCGGCAACUCGGAUCUGCUCUCUUAAAUUGAGGCGGGAAAUCAUCACCUCAUCAUCAUCAUUAUGUUCUGCGGUAUAGCCUACAGCUCUCCGUAUUGUAACGUAUGUAUCUAUCUCAUAUGAUCACUGGAGGGCACGCACAAGGGUAAUGUCAAUGGACACUUGAUGCGCCAAGGUUACGUUUGCAAAGUCAUGAGCUCUAUUUUCGCAUCUAUUCAAAGCGUCUCAUGGCCAGGGUCGUCAGAGUCAUUUGGGUCGUCAAGGAGAUCGCGUUUGCGUUGCUUAAAGCUGGAAAUCCGCGUCCUUUCAGCAAACAUAUACAUGCAUAUGCUCUCCAGCCGCAUGGCACUCACGGA